AUGAAGAAAUUCUUUGCCAUCGCAGUCCUGGCUGGCAGUGUUGUGUCCGUCGCCCAUGGCAGCCUGUUGAACCUGAAGUUCAUGGUGGAAGCUAUCACCCACAAAAACGCCAUCCUGUCCUUUGUGGGCUACGGCUGUUACUGCGGGCUAGGGGGGCGCGGCAAGCCCAUGGAUGAGGUGGACUGGUGCUGUCACGCCCACGACUGUUGCUAUCAGAAGCUCUUUGACCAAGGCUGCCGCCCCUAUGUGGACCACUAUGACCACAGAAUUGAGAAUGACACUGUGAUUGUCUGCAGUGAACUCAAUGAGACAGAGUGUGACAAGCAGACAUGUGCAUGUGACAAGAACUUGACUCUGUGCCUCAAGGACCAGCCGUACAGGGACAGGCACCGAGGCUACCUCAAUGUCUAUUGCCGGGGUCCCACACCCAACUGCAGCAUCUAUGACCCAUACCCAGAGGAAGUCACCUGUGGAUAUGGCUUCCCAUCGACCCCUGUCUCAACCUAGCCAGGCUGAGGUCUGAGAAAAAAGAGGG